CAAACAGCAACAUUUAACCCCUGACCUGAAACCCACGUGACAUCACUCAGCCUUUGUUCUGCGUUAGGUCAAGGACGCCAAGGUUGUAUGAAAGUUCACUGAUCACGAGACUGCAACAUAUAGUGACAGGCUCUACGGCAUUUUAUUUCGUCACAAGAGAGCUGGAGCUUUCGCCACUCUCUCCUGUUGGGGUUUGGACUGAGAGUAGAUUAGGUAGAUCAGAGGAUUUUCAACAGGUUAAUCACCAGCUUGACAGGGUCAGUCUCACCGGGACAAAUUACAACUACAAGUAGUAGUGCAAGCAGUGCGGUAUGCCCCCCUCCCCCUUUUAGAAAAUGGCAAAACAGGCUCAGAAUUGGAAUCUGACCUUUCGUCUAGCUUCGCACGAAGAUUACGACGCUGUAAUACGCAUGUCCUACGACAUCUACGGCGACACAGACUACCUGCCUGCGUUCUUCCACUCCUUCAUUGAUGAUCCCAACACCUGGAUUUUCCUUGCGACGGUGGGGAAACAAGUGAUAGCACUGGUGAUUGCAACAAUCACGGAAGGAGGCCUGGCCUAUGUCAGCACGUCAGGAAGAGUUGCUCCGGCCUGGAGAAGCAGGGACGUCAUCCGGAAGGUAGUCCGGUACCAAGACGAGUGGAUCCGACAGAACCGCCCAACAGCCAGGUAUAAACGGGUCACGACAACCCAUCCCAUCGCGUUAAAGCACGCGGCAAAAUACGGCAUGCGGGAGGUUUUCAGCAUGCCGUACGUGGAGUACAAUGGCGGACCGAACCUGUGGUGGCGUCAGGACCCUGCACAGCUGGCUCAACUGGACAUAACCGGCUUACCGGACGUCGUGCCUCUACAGGGCGCAGACGACGACUUCUGUGCAGCUGUACAGAAAUGGCUUCCCGCUGGGGCUUGUGGUGGCUACGACGGCAAACCCGUCAUAUUAGUUGACUGGGACCCCUACACCCUAUCCCCCGCUAACUUACAUCUUCUUCAGGCAGAAAACAGAAUCUACAUGUUGAAACACAAAGGGGAAGCAAGUUUGAGUCUCUCUAACACUUAUCCCACAGCAGCAGGGAGAAUGAUGUCCAUUCAAAUCUAUGCUAUGAAUUUCUCUACCGUACUAAAGCACAUGCUGAAACACUUACAAGAUGUAAGUCGAAGCUACAAGAACGACGACUUACAUCUGAGUGUUUUUGUUGGUCUUGCAGAGCUUGAGGGUUCAGUCCACGUGUUCUGUAAAGACACGUUGCAGAUGGAAAACCAAUUGGAUACAGAGGGUCGAGUUAUCAUGUGGGAAAGUGACAUGUUAGCUAGCCAUUUGUAAGAUGAGAAGACUGUAGCACCCCCCGUCAAAGUUGAAUGAUAUAGAGACUUGAAUUGACUAAAUAUAUCCUUCCGUGUAACACACUGGUCAGCUUCGCAGAUAUUUGUUACCAUUAAAUCAUUUUCAAUCAUUGUAACUUUUUAGUAGUGAAACCUUGUGUCAGGCAUUUGCUGUUUCCUAUGAUUUCAGAGCUAAGUGGCUGCAGUACAUUUGAUCACCGCAUAAGGCAGGGCCGUUAAAAUGCCUGACGUAUCCAGAACUAUUCUCCAAGCAAAUUCAUUUCGAGAGUUACUAGGGAACGAUUUAAAUUGGCCACCCGAGUUACAAUUUGCCCCAUUAGAUGGCGUCUUGGAUACUGCCAGGCCACUUUCAUACUGCGUUGCCAAUUUAACACUCUAAUUUGUAGCCACUAAAAGAUCUGCUGCACAAAGCCUUUUUGUUUGUCAUAACAGGCUGUCCUGAUAACCGUACUUUGUUAGAUUUGCGUCAUAGAUGAAUUUACUCAUAACAACAAGAACAAAGAGAUCUCCUCUGCUAGGAUUUCAUUACGAUUGGAGCUUAGCAGAUAAUUCUCCUUGAUGUUGUUUGAAAUUUGAAAUUGCUUUAGUCACAGUGUGUUUCACAGCAUAAGCGUAGUAGCUUUUUUCAACUCUUAUGUUUUGAAUUUUCUCGAUUUGUACGUUCUUU